AUGCAAUUCGAAACACACUUGAAGGGUUCGGAGCUUUCGAAAAAGGGACCUUUCAUAACUGGCAAUGAAAUCACAUAUGCAGACAUGGCUCUAUAUCAAUUACUCCACGAUGAAAGUCUUACUAAAGAUGAACGACAAGGACUGAAAGAGUAUCCGAGAUUAGUGCAAUUAGUAGAUGCUGUGGAGGACAGACCGAACAUCAAGAAGUUCUUGACCAGCGAUGCUUAUCUUGGUUAG